CGAAGAUUCAUCCCAGCAUCAACAUUCCAGCAUGGCGUCUGCAGAUGAAAUCUUCGACAAUUGGCAUGGGAUAAUCGACAAUGACUUCAUCAAAACGAUUCGGCAGACUUUCAAUCUCCCAGAGGAGGACAAUUAUGUCUAUCGCGCGGAAUCCUUCGCGAUGACGCUUCCCCAAAUCCAAACGCAGCUCGAAGCUCGAGGAUUGAAAUAUAAAUACCAAUCCCAUGGCCAGCAGAUUGAGGUUCCUCCCACAGACAUAACGGCCUACACCUCCAUCUUCUCUCCCACUACCGAUACUUCCAAAGCUCUGACGGCAUUUGCUGCGAACGCAAAGAAGUCUUCUCCGCGAGAGAUAGUCGCUCAAUACUUGCAAUCCAGACGCACCUGCGCAGCCAAGACACCCAAGUCAAAGGCACACAUCAAUCCAUACUACGACCUUUGGGCCCUGUCCUGCCAAAUGGCAUCCUUUCUUGGCCCGCUGCCAGAUCAAUCGUACGCACAUCCCACGAAUGCGAAGAUGACCCAUCCUAUCCUGCCCAUGUUCUACCACCACUUUGGAUGCGUUGUGCCAAGUUACGAAGCUUUGUAUAUCAUUUCCGAGCUGGCAAAGGAACAUGGGGCUGAAGGCGUGAUUGACAUGGCGAGUGGGAAUGGCUAUUGGACAUACAUGUUGCGAAGGAUGAAGGUCGAUGUGCAAGCUGUAGACAACAUGGCGAGCGAGUACCGAACUAUGUGGAUUUCGGAUACGGUGAAGAGUGAUGGAGUUGAGUUCCUCAAAAGGAAUCAAGGAAGCAAAGCAAGGAUUCUACUAAUGGUGUAUAUGGUCACAGCUGGAUCCUUUACAAAGAGAGUUCUGGAGGCCUACCGAGGAGAUAUCGUGGUCGUAGUGGGGACACAGAAUGCCAACCGAUAUACGGGGUUUGCAGAUUGUACGGUUGAGGAGUACUUUCAAAAGGAAAUGCCCAGCUGGGAGAUGACUUGCAGAAUUGCGAUGCCGAGCUUUGCUGGAAAGGAUGAAGGCAUGUAUGUUUGGAAGAGGAAGAAAUAAACAUGUUUGCCAUAUUCAGAAGC